CACCAAAACUUCUCAGGCAUUCUUAGAAUUUCAAACGUCCAUAGAUAAUCAAAAGUUGCGAUUGAUAAAUUUUUUUUUUUAACUAGUAAAAUUAAUGCUCAAAGGCUUGGACUUUCUUUGGGACAUUAAGAUUGGGCUGGUCUGUCUCUCGGCAACCUUUGUAAACUUACACAAGUCUCUUACUUCUAGUUGUAGCCCACUCUUCUUUUUCCUUUUUCUUAUUAUAUCUAAUUUUGGGUCAAAACAGCAAAUUGAGAAGGAGAAACGGAACCCCACUUUCCUAAUUUGUUCAGUCUCUCUCUAAUCUCUAUAUCUCUCACUCACAUUUGAUAGUCUGUUCUCCAACGCUAGGAAGCCAAGGGGGGGUGCAUGUUUCUAGAAAACUCAUUGAAAGGAGCAGUUAUUUCUGAUUCUCAUUUUGAGCAUUUGCUAUCAUCAUCACCAAUCAUCAUCAGCAACAAGCAACAAAAACCAAAAUAGUUCUCUCUGUCUCUCUCUCUGGUGCACACUAUAUAUUUAUCUAUAUUCUUAGUGGCUUACCUGAUGUGGUGUAAGGCCCUUAAUGAGAACCAGUUACUUAAUAAUGUGGAUGACCAUACUUAGCUAUGAGAUCUGAGGUCUUUUUUGAUCAGUUUGAAUCUUGUCUUAAAUGUGUAACUGCAUAAUUAGCAUUAUAUACUGUGGAAAUCUUUGGGUUGUGAUUUUCUUCUAUAGAGACUACAGUAUAGAAAAGUUUAUGCUGCUGCUUGCUGCUAUUGCGUCAUUAUUGUUGUGUCUUCAACUCUGAAGAAGUGGAUUGGCUUUUAUAAAAACCAUGACCUCCACUGUUUUUUGACUAUGAUAUUUGAUAAGGGAAUUGUCUGUUAUCUUCCUGAAAGUUGUUAUGGGCCUUUCUGGAUAGUGCUAUGCAGUUAUGGUUAUGGAGUAUGGUAUUAGAUAUUUGUUUCUUGGGAUAUAUUUUAAUCUGACACUUACUGCUUUUUGUCCAAUGAUGGAAAAACUCAUUUUGAUUUUGCAGUUCUGGUUUUCAAUUCAACCCUAGCUUUUAUGCAACACCACAUUCAUUCUCUCUCUCUCUCUCUCUCUCUCUAUGUGCACAUGUUGUUUGUAUAUAUGUUGAAUGCAUAUGUGUGUGUGUGUGUGUGUGUGUGUGUGUGUGUGUAUGUAUUUAUAUGUAUAUCUUUUUUUUUUGGUAUGUAGGAGGCCAAGGCCUAAGGGAAAUUGGGGAAGGGAAAUUUGCAAGUGCUGGGGAUUGAACCUCAGUCUUGUUGAAAACCACCUCCUAAUGAAGGUGGGUGAACCAUUUGAGCUAAGCCCCAUGUUCGUAUGUAUAUCUUUGGUGGUGUGUGAGAAGCGAUUGCUGACUGGUCAGUACCAUUACAGCCAACCAUAAAUAAUCUUGUUAAAGCUAUGAGAUCUGAGGGGCUCUCUUGAAUUGCACUUUUAUGGGUUUCAAAGUCAGAUGUAGUCUUUGGACCCCAAAGAAAAGGAAAAAAAUGAGUCAAGCUUAGUCCAAAGGGAAGAUGGUGUGUGUUUAGAUUUUGAGUUAUGUUUGAAUUAGGGAAUUCAUCGGUGCCAAAUAUAGCUCCAAAUUAUUACAAGUUAAUAAUGUUUAUCGAAAUUUUAAUCAAGCAUUAGAGAAAUGCAAAUUGUCAGUUUCCCUUUCAAUUUUCAUACACGCACAUACACAUAGUUUAGCUGGUAUUAAAUCUUUGCAGUUGGGUAAGGCUGAUUUUUACCUUUUUUUCUUUAUGAGUUUGUGUCCUGAGUCAGUUUUAGAUAAAUCUUUUGCUUGUGUAAUUUCAAAUUUAUUAUAUUAUUUUAGCAUUAUCAAGUUAUAUUGUCUUAUUCCUGUGCAUGGCACUGAUGGUGGUUCUGGAAUGGGCUUCUAUUAAAACUUGUAGCUUUACCAUUGUGAAUUGUUUUGAGGUUUCUGAUUUAAUGAUUUGCAGGCUGUACGAGUUCAUAUAUACUGCUUUCAAAUUUAAUUUUGCUCAUGUUUACCAAUACAAUAAAAUACAAGAUAGUCAUAGACAUUGGUUCCAGUUCAAUGCACGAUUGUGCUGCUUACUUACAGGGAUAAUACUAAAGCUCAAUAUUUUGUGAACAGAAGAGGAGAGGAAAGGCCAAAACAGACAUAGAAAAAGCCCUCUCUCCCUCUCAUAAACUGAUUCUGUUAUGAUGCUCAGAAUCUUUGGAUCAUUAGUGGAGAAAAAGACUGCCCCAUUUCCAGAGUAAAGAUCUCGAUCACAGUGAAAACCGAAAUGGAAAGACACAUACAGAGAUUCCUAAAUAAAGUGUCAUUUGUAUCAAUCACAGCAGCCUCACUUACUCUCCUCUUCCUCUUCCUCCAAACCCCAGAAACAUGCAUCUCACCUGACGCUCCCCUAAAGCCUCACCUUAGAUUCCCCAAAUCCACCUGUGACUCUUCCCCUCGCCACUACCUUCCUCUUCCCAAGAAGAAUGCCCGCCUCUGGUCCUCCAAAUCUUGGAUGACCCAGGUCUCUUCCUUUACUCAAUUCUUCACCCAACUGUACCAAAUGGGUCUCCUAAUGAACCAAUCCAAAGUCCUCUGUGUCUCUGCUGGAGCUGGCCAUGAGGUCAUGGCUCUAUCCAAAAUGGGCCUUGAGGAUGUUACAGGUGUUGAACUGAUAGAAUCCUUGCCUUUGGUUAGCAGGGCCGAUCCCCAUAAUCUUCCCUUCUUUGAUGGGGCUUUUGAUGUUGCCUUUACCAGUCAUUUGGCAGAGUCCUUGUAUCCCAUGCAGUACGCAGGGGAGAUGGAGAGGACUGUAAGAAAAGGUGGACUGUGUGUGGUGGUUGUGAAUGAGUGUGAUGAGGAGGAAGUCAAGGAGGUUGUUAGGUUAUUUAGGAGGUCCAGGCUUCUUGGCUCCGCCGAUGUUACCUUGAAUGGAAGGAGAAUGACCAGGAUUAUAAUGAGAACUAAAGUGUCUGCUUAAUCGGUUUUUUUUUUUCAUUAUUUCAGUGAUUUAUUUUUCUUUGAUUGAGCUUACAAUUAGAUUAUAUUAACUUUGAUUUGCAUUGUUAAAUUUAUGUUAAUUUGUGUAUAUUAUUGGUGGGAAUUACUUCUUGUUGUGAAUGGAAAAAUAGAAAUUUGAUAGUUGGUUAAAACAAAUGCAGAGAGUAACCUGUGAAGGUGAAUGUUGGAACUUGGGACCAUACAAACAGGUAGAACUGAAUAAAGCCUUUAAAUGUGUUGAGAACUUUGAGGUAGACAGAUACUCUAGUCUACGUCUGGGACUGUAUUUCUUCUUUCUUAAGUGAGUCAAAAGAUGAAAUGUGGCAGCUUUGUUUUAGCGUUUUUUUUUUUACCACUUAAGUUGAGAUUCCAAGGCUUUUAUUUGUUCCAAUUGGUGUUUUUAGUCUUUGAUUGAUUCUCUUGGUUUUGUGUUUCAUUUAUUCUACUGAAGCAAUCACUGUUCUAUUGUUUCAUUGAUACUCCUUUUUUAGGUAAAAAGAGA